ACUCAUCUGUUGGAGCUUAAUAGAUGAAUGCUAUGUUUAGCUUCAAGUUUAUUUUUCUUUCUCUUCUAAGUUUCAAAUGUGUUUACUGUGGAGUGGUCGAACUAUGUGAACAUACAAACGCACAGAUAGGUUUCAAUCAAACUUAUAAGGGCUAUCGUUUGGAGGGAUUCUGCGAUAGUGUAAAUAACGCAGAAAGGUAUACUUUUAGUGCAAGUUUAGGAACGGGCGUUUGUUCAGGUGAAUUUUGUACACACGAUGUGGUUUAUCAUGGAGACUGGCGAGCUGUACAUUUGUUUACUCGUGACUCUUUUUACUGUGAGCUUCACAUAACUCUGAGCUGCUCAGCUGGUCACAAGAUAAGAAAUAAUUUAAUGUGGACUUACAAAGACAGUAUUUUCGGCGAGACGAAAGAGAAUUGGGAGUGGGGUCGUGAUACAAAAGAUAUGUGCUUAGGACAAGAUCCAAUGAAUCCUUGUUUAUGCGAUACAUCCUCGAACAGUGAAAGUGAGCUUGGAUAUAUUGUAAGGAUUGAGAAACUUCCAGUUCUAUCAUUCAAGAUUCGAAAUUCGUCUAUGUUAUUUAUUAGUUUACUCUCUUACAAAUGUUUCUACAACAACCCAAACAGUAGUAACGCUUGUAUAAAUACAAAUCUUGAUUGCAAGGGAGAAUUGUGUGAUCCUGCAGUAUAUAAUUGCGUUUGUACAAAUGGUCAAACGACGGGAAAUUGUGGAACUAAAAAUUUGUGUCCUGCUUUACCAAGUAUUCCUGGAAUGAACGUAACUCUUUACAAAGCUAGCGCUGAUAUAAGCUUUGGAUCUAAAUAUACUUAUAGUUGCGAUAAUCGAUGGCAAAAGAUAAAUGGAAAAUAUAGCACUUACGAAAGAUAUUGUGAAAGAACAUCAGGAAACUGGACCGGAGAAGAAGUUGUUGGAUGUCAAACUUGGUGUCCCUCUGGUUUUAGUGCAUAUAAAGGCCAGUGCUACUGGUCAUCGCAGUCUGUAAAUAUGAUUGGAACUAGAUCUGAUGCAGAAUAUAUAUGCAAUAUGCUGAACAGUCGUUUGGGUGAUUUGGAAACUGCAGAGAUUGCUAGUUGGUUGCGAACACAACUCGAUCUUGGUCCCACCGUAACUCUUAUUGGAAUGAAGAAUGAGAGUGGGAACCUGGUUUGGUCUGACAAUCAAGAAAUUGCUCCUUCUCAAAAUUUUUGGAGCUCUCCUAAUUCGUACCUUCCUUCUGAAAAAUGUGUUCACGCUUCUAUCUGCAAUGAGUCAAAUCCAUUGAAAUGGCAUGUAGCAGAUUGUUCAACCCUUGUUCCUUUUCUCUGCAAAGCUUCACAGUGCUAUGGAAUUGAUACUCUUCAAAAUGUUAAUUUGACAAAUGUUGAAGUUAACCAUUUCUUUAGUGGAUCAUCUUUACAACUAUUCUGUGAUAGAUAUCACUCCGUGAACGGACAGUCAUUUGAUCAAAACUUAGCUUGCUUUACUAAUGGAACUUGGAAUAAUACUUUAUAUAAUUGUACGUUACAUAAAUGCACCAAUUAUCCAUCUGUGCCAAAUUCUUGGAAAGUUCAAAAAUCUGGAUCUAAUAUUUUAGAAGAUGAAAUAAACUAUAUUUGUGCUUCAGGAUAUAAUACAUCACAUCCGAAUGACUAUGAAUUUAAUCUGAAAUGCGCACUUGGUGGAUGGACAUGGACAGGAGAUGUCGAAGACUGCGAUAAAUCUCUGUAUCGUAAGGAUUGCCAAGAGUAUCAUGAUAAUGGGAAUACAACAAAUGGUAUUUUUACAAUUGAUCCAGACGGACCUGAAGGCCCAACAAUUCCCUUUCAGGUCUUUUGCUCUUUUGAAGACGGGCUUGGAAUUACUAUUCUUGAAUAUAAUAAAGUUGUUAGCAGAAAUGAAUCUAUUUCUUACAGCGCAAGUUACGAUCAAUUAAAUAUCUUGAAAAAUGCGAGUUUUCAUUGUGAGCAAUUUCUAAGAAUUGGUUCUCCCACUGGAGAUAAUCCUCUAAACAAUGUAAGAUUAACUCCAUAUAACUCUUCUAGUUUUAAUUUAGAUGAUUUAAAAACCGAUGGAAUUUGCGAUAUAAGAGGUCCAUAUCAUUAUGACUGUCAAGCUCAAGAUAAGAUUGAUGGAGAGAACAAAACGGAUGAAGGAGUGAUAAUUGGUAAAAAACAUGUACCAAUUUUUUCAGUGGACUGGGAUACAAAAUAUGAUUUUUCAAUCACAAUAGGAUAUGUAAAGUGCUUAAAAAACGUAUUAUCAGUUUGCACCCCAACUAGUUGCGCAAAUGGAGGAACAUGCGUUCCAGUUUCUUAUAGUACUUUUAAAUGCUAUUGCAUGCCUACGUAUACUGGACACGAUUGUUCGACAACAAUUGAAUGCUUAAAAAGUUUACCCAAUCGAACACACGGAAAAUGGACAUAUUCAUCAAGUUAUUUUGGAGAUUUUGCACUUCUACAAUGCGAUUCUAAUCACUUUAUAGAUAAUUUACCCAGUGUUCAAGUAUCGCCUACUUCUUACAACGACGUUAGAUGCUUAAUACAUGGCAACUGGAGUGUAGCUCGACAUACAUGCAAAAAGCAAUGUCCAUCUGGCUUUAGGAGAGUGGAUAAAGUGGAUUUAUGUAUUCAUUUAUCGGUAGAAAAUUCCAAUCAUACAGCAGAUUAUGAUAAUGCUAUCUCUGAAUGCGAAAAGAAACACUCAAUUCUAAUAUCAAAACAUCCAUUGAAUGCUGGAGGUGCUGCAUUAUUAGAUUAUAUCGAAAGAUUUUACGAUUCAUCGAGAGCGAUGUUUCUUAUCAAUGCUAAAUCUGCAGGAGCCGAUUUUGAAUAUAAUAACGGACAAAUUCUUGCCAAAUCUACUGUUCUUGAGUAUUCAAAAGAGUGUGUAUAUGCUUUUUCGAAUCCCGGCUUAAAAUAUAGAGGACAAGAUUGCAAUGUUCAAAAUUAUUAUGCUUGCGAAUACUUCAGAUGCCCACAAAUCAAUUACACUAAGGAGAAUUCAACAUUUUUAAAUGAGACCGGAACGGCUUAUAUGGAUAAGGUGAAUUUUAAAUGCAAACCAGGAUAUGUGGCAAUGAAUGGAUCAUAUGAAAUAACUUACACCUGUGGAAAUAAGGCAGGAGCUAGAUAUUGGAUACCGAAUAAUAUGGCGGAUUGCGUCUUAGUUGAUUGCGAGACAUUCCCUCCAAUUCAGCACGGAAAUGUGUCAUUUGCCCAAGGAACUACAAACGGAAGUAUAGCUAUUCAUUCGUGUUUAGCAAACUUUAAAUUGAUUGGAGCCAAUUCGUCAACAUGCCUUAUGAAUGGAAGUUGGGCUGCAUUUCCAAUUUGCGAUAGAUAUCGUUGUGAUUCUCCUCAAAUAGAAGUACUAAAUGCUACCAACACUACGGAGCAAGAUAAUCAUGUGGAAACUACGAUAACUUAUACUUGCAACCCGAGAAAUGUCUUGAAAUCUGGCUCUGAUGUAAGGACUUGCUUGAAGAAUGGAACCUGGAGUGGAACGCCUCCUGUUUGUGAAUACGUAUCUUGUAGCACUUUUCCUUCAAUUCCGAAUGGAGCAGUUUUACACAACAUUUCAAAUAAUUAUUAUACUGGAAAAGCAUUUUACUACUGCAAUGAAAAUUAUAAGUUUGAAGGUGCAAACUAUUCCACUUGUCUCAGUACAGGACAAUGGUCAUCGUCACCCGUAUGCACUAAGGCUGGUUGUUCAGAUCCUGGAGCAAUAUCGAAUGCUAUAAGAUCACCGUCAACUCCUCCAUUUCCUAUUGGUGUAAAUGUUACCUUUACAUGUAAUACAGGAUAUUCGAUAGUUGACAGGAAUUAUCGAACCUGUUUAGUAGAUGGCUCUUGGAGUGACACACAACCUAGUUGUGAAAAAGUUGAUUGCGGUAAACCAUCAAACAUAAGUCAUGGAGAAGUUACAUUUAAUUCAACCGAAUAUGGCAGUUCCGUUUUAUAUACUUGUAAACAUAAUUUUGCUUUAACCGGAAUGAAUACAUCAGUUUGUCAAGCCAAUGGAUUAUGGACGACCCCAGCGAGUUGUGUACGAAGUCAUUGCAUUGAUUUAGAUCUGCCUGCUUCAGCUUCAAUAGUAUCUGGUAGUAACAAGAUAGGAGACAAUUAUACAUAUGAAUGUACAGGGAGUUCUCGUUUGGUAUUUGGCUCAUUAACACGAACUUGUGGCAGUGAUGGCGUCUGGUCCAACUCUCCUCCGAUUUGCUCAACAGUAACUUGCAAUUCAUUUCCGUUACCUUCAAAUUCAACAGCAAAUUGGGAAUAUUUUGCUGCAAACAAUUCUGUUAUAAUAAAUUGUAUAUUCGGAUAUGCACGAACAGCAGGAGAUAACGUGAAAAUUUGUAAUGCUGAUGGAACAUGGACUGGUAACGAUUUGGAAUGUACAAAAGUUGGUUGUUUGACACCACCACAGCAUUCUAUUAAUGGAACUAGAUUUGAAGGGAAACCACCGUAUCAAUAUCUACAAUUUUUCAAAUACACUUGUGAUUUACCAUAUGAGAAUGUAACAUCCAUGACAAAAAUUCAAUGUGGGAUGGAUGGUGAAUGGGAGUUUACUGAAAGUUUAUGCAUGCCGAGUUCUUGUAGAGAACCAGAUAUUGUACCUAACACAACUGUUAUUGGUAAUAGAAUUGUGAAUGGUACUAUCAAGUAUCAAUGUAAAAAAGGGUUACAACUGAUUGAAGGAAAUGGCGAAAGAGUUUGUAUAUUCGAUGGUACAUCAUUGAAAUGGACAGGAAUGCUUCCCGGUUGUAAAAAACUAUCGUGCGGUUCACCACCGUCAAUUCAAUGGGGAUCUUUCACAGGAAGCUCCUUUACCUAUUUAGAUCACGUGAAUUAUACAUGCGAUGAAGCUUAUGAAAUGGUUUCUGGUUCUUCAAAACUUCAAUGCAUGGAUGACAGAAACUGGUAUGGCGAUCUUGGUGUACCAGUUUGCACUAGAAAAACAUGUCCUCAUCCUGGUUUUGUUGAUAAUGCUGAAAUCAAUGGCGGAUUCGCUGUUGGUGACACUGUGACUUAUACAUGUAGUAACGGCUUUGUUCAAGUUAGUGGAACUUCUCUGUAUUGUCACUUAAAUCAAACUUGGACAGGCGUUCUACCAAUUUGCGACAGAACUAAUUGUUCUGUUCCUAAGAUCAUCAAACAUAGCAGAUUAGAGGCUAAUUCAACUCAGUUUACGGAUAUUAUUAGAUACAUAUGUGACUAUGGUUACACUUCAAAACAGGGAAAAGUUGUUUUCAGGGUUUGUCAAGCAGAUAAAAAAUGGAGUGGGGAGCAGCCAGUAUGUGAAAAAGUUGAUUGCGGUUAUCCUGGUUCAUCCUUAAAUGCUCUAGUAAGCGGAGAAAGUACUAAUUAUGAAUCUAAAUUCUCUUAUGAGUGCUUGAUUGGUUAUGAAAUAAGUGAAGGAGAAAAGGAAAUUACGUGCCAAGAAGAUGCAACUUGGUCAGGAUUGCCACUUUAUUGUAAACCUUUAACUUGUCCAGAACUGGGACCAGUUGAAAAUGCAGUAUUUUUUGGUGGUAAUGAGUAUAGUAACGAAAAAAGAUAUUUAUGUAAAUUUGGUUAUACACACACCGAUGGAGAUAUGGUUCGAAAAUGCCUUUUAAGUAAAAGAUGGUCUGGAAAUGAGCCUGUUUGCUCUGAAAUCUUGCAAAUUCCAAACAGUCCAUCGAUUCCCCUGAACGAAAAUGAUGUUUGUUCACCUUUAAACGAUGCUGAAGGAGCUGAUAGAUAUGGACCAGGAACCUAUGCCAGAGUGGGGCAGUCUGUUGCUUUCGUUUGUUUUCAGGGUUAUUUCUUUGAACAUAAUCCAAAGUUGAAAAGUAUAGAAAUAACAUGUUUAAGCAAUGCAAAAUGGAGUGAUCAAGUUCCAAGAUGUAUUCCCAAGAGUUGCCCUCCACCCCUAACAGUACCAAAUGCCAUAAUGAGAGGCAAGAGUAAUUAUCUGGUGGGCUCAAUCAAAGAAUAUCGCUGUCCGGUUGGAAUGUCUUUUGACAUGCAAGAUUAUAGUAGAACCAUUGUAUGUCAAGAUGAUCAAACUUGGUCAACAGAUGUUUCAGAAUGGGCUUGUCGGCAGAUUACUUGUAUAACUAAAGUGUCGGGUAAAAAGAUAGUUUUAAAAUAUAUGCAAUCAAUUUGGAUGCCAUGUCCAGAUAACCAACUACAUUCAGAUGGUCGAGACGGUGUAACGUCAUUUUGUAAACUAUCUGGUUGGAUGUCUCCAAGAGGACCCAAAUGUGCUCCAAAUAGAUGUGGUCCAGUUCCACAAGUUGUAAAUGCCAGAGUUAUCAAGAUGGAUGUCUCUCAUAAUGCUACAUUCUUGUGUAAAGACGGAAUGAGAUUUCCGGAUGGGAAGAGAAUAAAAUCAAUCGGAUGCGUUGGAUUUGGAUACUGGGAACCUUUUUCAGUAUCUCCAUGUUCGCCGUGGAAUUGUCCCCCACCACCAUUUUUAGGAAAUAGCUCAUUUGUUGAUCCUAAAUUUUAUCCAAUGGGAACGAAAUUGCUAUAUAUAUGUAACAAUGGAUAUUCAUUGCCCGAUAAGACCCUUCAGUUAGAAAUUUUUUGCACUCGCGAUACCGAAUGGUCAAUAAAAUAUCCCCCUUCAUGCUAUGAAACGUAUUGUUCAACAGAGGACUUUAGCAAAACUCUAAAGAUGAACAGUACAAGGAUAUUCCAUAAGGUUGGCCAAGCUAUAAACUUGUGGUGCAUUAACUCUUACCUUCCCGAAGGAACUACCGAUAAGAUGUUAACUUGCACAUCGACCGGGGAUUGGUCGGAAAAUAGUGGAGAUUGUUCUGUAGCUCGCUGCAAGAAACCUCCUAAUGUAGCCAAUAGUAUUGUUAGUGGCAAUGUUACUGAUAUGGAUAACGUUUGGACAUACUCAUGUAUUAAGGGUUAUAAAUUCUUCAAAUCUUCAGUCAAGACCUGGUCAAUUCAAUGUAACCCAGAUGGCAGUUGGAAUGAUACUGUCUCAAACUGCAUCGAAGUUAAGUGUAGCGUGCCCAAGCACUUACCAAAUUCCGAAAUGAAAUACCAAGAUUUUUUAAUGGAUUCUAUAGUAGUGUAUACGUGUAAAAAAGGAUAUCAUUUCAAGACAAAAUACUUUAAGCCAGGAUCAAAGCUACAGACUAAACUACAAAUGAAAUGCUUACAAAAUGAAUCAUGGAAUAUCGAUCCUUAUCUAUCUAAAUACGGCUGUAGAGACAUUGAAUGCCCUUCCGUACCUGUCGUCGUACAUGGUACCCCAACAGGCCUAAGCGUAAAAUAUAAAAGCGAGAUCGUGUAUACGUGUGUUACUGGCUAUAAAAUAUCUUUAUCUAAAGAUGAACCUAUAAGUUUAGGUUCAUUUGUAAAUGGUACUAAUAACCAAACAGAAUUAAUAGAUAGCGCAUCCAUAAAUUGUGACGAGAAUGGGGUAUGGUCUGGGAUUGUACCACGGUGCGUGAUUAUCUCUUGCGAAAAUAUUAUAGCUACGACAGAUUUAACAGCUAAUACAACUGAUAUAACUGCUUGGUCAAUUGUCAAUUUCACUUGUCCAGUCAACUAUCAUAUAAAAGUAAAUACUAGCGACGGGAUGUUUAUGACAUCAUCAUUUAUAUCUGAGUGUUCGCCGACCGGAAAUAUUGCUGAAUGGGUACCAAAACCUAAAGAUUGUUUAGAGAUCAAUCCGAAUCAAGAGCCGGCCGAAGCUCCUAACGCAAAAACGUAUGGUAACGUUGCUGUAACCAUGCUAGUAGUGACAUUCGGCAGUUUGGUUCUAGUCGAUAUACUCACUAUAAAAAGAGAUUUAAUAAUGUUGGCACAUAACCUGCAGAAAGCGUUUGGUCGAGGUGUAUGGAGUAAAUUUUUAGCAAAGAAUGCAAACACAUCAAUUGGACCAAGAAUAUCAACAGCAAGAAUACGCCGAAUAUUAUUCCCAAAUCAGGCUGACGCGGCCAAUGCACAAGGAGCUAGAAAUUACACAGACCUAUCAAACCAAUUCCUCGAUUUGAGGUCUCAAUAAGCAAGAACAAACUAACAAUUAUAUCUCUGUAUACUUUAUUUAUAAUAUUUAAUUUUUAUUACUUAAAAGAAAAUAAAAUAGCCUAAUACUUGAAAGGGAAACAAACACACAAGACACACACACACACGUAUAUAUUUGAUAUAUAUUUAUGUUUCUAAUAAAAUACCAUAUAUAUUAUGCUGAAUAUUAUAGUAUAAAUAUAUAUAUAUAUAUGUUGGAUAUAAAUAAAUCUUCUCUGAUAAUAGGCUUACAAAUUAUUAAUUCAAUUAGUAUUACACUG